AUGGAAGCCGGUUCAGUGGUCCGUGCCAUCUUUGACUUCUGCCCUAGUGUCUCAGAGGAGCUGCCACUCUUCGUGGGAGACAUUAUUGAGGUGUUGGCAGUGGUGGAUGAAUUUUGGCUUCUAGGGAAGAAGGAAGAUGUUACAGGACAGUUUCCCAGUAGUUUUGUGGAAGUUGUAACCAUUCCCAGUCUGAAGGAGGGAGAGAGGCUAUUUGUUUGUACCUCUGAAUUCACAUCUCAGGAACUGAACAGUCUUCCUCUACAUCGAGGAGACCUGGUGACUCUCGAUGGCAUUCCCACUGCAGGAUGGCUGCAGGGCCGCAGCUGCUGGGGUGCCCGGGGCUUCUUCCCAUCGUCAUGUGUUCGCGAGCUCUGCCUCUCCUCUCAAAGCCGACAGUGGCACUCACAGACUGCCCUGCUUCAGAUUCCUGAAUAUUCCAUGGGACAAGCGCGAGCCCUCAUGGGACUGUCUGCCCAGCUGGAUGAGGAGUUGGACUUCCGGGAAGGAGAUGUGAUUACCAUAAUCGGAGUUCCUGAGCCAGGCUGGUUUGAAGGAGAAUUAGACGGUCGGAGAGGCAUUUUUCCAGAAGGUUUUGUAGAGCUUUUGGGGCCUCUGAGAACUGUGGAUAAACCUGUGAAUUCUGGAAAUGGGGGUGACUGUAUUGCUAAUGGUGAAGUAGAUAUGCCUCUAGAGGAAGCAGGGAGUGGGACUGAGGAGGAGGCCCAGCAGCCAGGAACCUAUGGACUCGCCCUCUAUAGAUUCCAAGCACUGGAGCCCAAUGAGUUGGAUUUUGAGGUAGGGGAUAAAAUUCAAAUUCUGGGGACCUUGGAAGAUGGCUGGCUGGAAGGAUGUCUGAAGGGCAGGACAGGCAUCUUUCCCCAUCGGUUUGUAAAGUUAUGUCCUAGCACCAGGACAGAGGACAACAUGAUUCUGUCCCAGGAAGACAGCCUCACCAAGAGCCCUGAAAGCUCGUUGGAUGGGUUGGAGAACUCAGUAGCAGAAGAACCAAGGUCCGAAUCUUGUGAAUAUGAAGCAGAAAGGCCCAUUUAUGUUCUUCCUGAAGCCUCUUCUCCCCCAGAGGAUCUGUCUCCUGAGUAUGUUGUCAGUAAGAAUUCUAGUCAGCAUGAAGACACCUCGGGAGGGGCCCCCAAAAGCCCAGGUGUGGAGCUUGAAAGACCUCUCGCUAAAGACUGUUCCAUGCCUGAUCCUUCAGAGGCAGUCAAUGGUAUUUCUUCCCAACCUCAGGUACCUUUUCAUCCCAAAGUGCAGAAAAACCAGUAUUAUUUUACAGCAGGAGGGAGCCACCAAGGCUCAGAUCCAUUCUCUGACCUUCUUCCUCUAGAAGCCAGGGCUAGAGACUACUCCAGCCUGCCUCCCAAAAGAACACAUACCCAGUGGAGGUCCUUUCAGAAGCCAGCAGCCCCGCUUCACACGGCCUCCUCCCUCACAGCCUCGAGGACACCCAAACCCAGCCACCGGAGCUCUCAAACCAUGACCAGAGAUGCUCAGAAGCACCACACAUCUGGAGAAAGUGCCUCCAGCCUCUGCUCCAAACCAGAGAGACCAGACAGAAGGCCUGUUCCACCAGGCAAGGGGCCCGCUGUAGACGUGACCACACUGUCACAGGGAGACAGCCUUGACCUGGAUUCCAAGUUGACACAACAGCUGCUAGAGUUUGAGAAGAGCCUGUCAGGGCCCAGCCCAGAGCCAGAUAAAAUUUUACGCCAUUUUUCAAUCAUGGACUUUAACUCUGAAAAGGAUAUUGUGCGAGGUUCUUCAAAGCUCCCCUCACAGGAGCUUCCGGAAAGGAGAAAAGUCCUGAGGCCGCCACCACCCCGACCCUGUACCCCCACACCCACUUCACACUUGCUCAUUGACCAGAGCCCAAAGCCUGUGCCCCCCUUGGCUGUACGACCUUCUCGCCCAGCUCCCCUGCCUCCUUCUGCUCAGCAGAGAGUGAACACAUCCUCCCCGAAGCCCACCUCCUGUCACCAUCCUCAUUGGGAGGCUCUAGAGAAGAGCCCGGAACACGUGGAAAAGAGUCCAGAUCAGACUUCCCCAUGCCCCUCUGUGCUGGUGAGGAUUCAGGAAGUGGAACAGGACUUGGACAUGUACACCAGGGCUCAGGAAGAGCUAAACUUGAUGCUGGAGGAGAAACAAGAUGAAUCCUUGAAGGCAGAGACCCUUGAGAAUCUCGAGUUUUAUGAGAGUAACAUUCAAAGUCUGAAUCUGGAACUCCAGCAACUGAGAGAAAUGACACUCCUCUCCUCCCAGUCUCCGUCCCUGGUAGCCUCCUCUGGCUCUGUGUCCACUGAAAACCCAGAGCAGAGGAUGAUGGAGAAGAGAGCCAAGGUGGUGGAGGAACUUCUUCAGACAGAAAGGGACUAUAUCCGAGAUCUGGAGAUGUGCAUUGAGAGGAUCAUGGUGCCCCUGCAGCAGGCACAGGUACCAAACAUUGAUUUUGAAGGACUUUUUGGAAAUAUGCAGACAGUGAUUAAAGCCUCAAAGCAAUUGUUGGCUGCCUUAGAAAUCAGCGAUGCUGUAGGACCCGUGUUUCUUGAUCACCGGGAUGAACUUGAAGGAACGUACAGGGUUUACUGCCAGAACCAUGAUGAGGCCAUUUCACUGCUGGAAAUCUACGAAAAGGAUGAGAAGAUCCAGAAACAUCUUCAGGACUCCUUGGCAGAUCUUAAGAGCCUGUACAACGAAUGGGGAUGCACCAAUUACAUCAACCUAGGCUCCUUCCUCAUCAAGCCAGUACAGAGAAUAAUGCGUUACCCACUGCUGCUAAUGGAGUUGCUGAAUUCCACCCCAGAAUCCCACCCAGAUAAAGUACCUUUAACCAAUGCAGUCCUUGCUGUCAAGGAAAUCAACGUUAACAUCAAUGAAUAUAAACGGCGAAAGGAUCUGGUGCUUAAGUACCGCAAAGGUGAUGAAGAUAGCCUCAUGGAGAAGAUUUCCAAGCUGAACUUCCACUCCAUCAUUAAGAAGUCCAACCGGGUCAGCAGUCACCUGAAACACCUCACUGGCUUCGCUCCUCAGAUAAAAGACGAACUAUUCGAAGAAACGGAAAAGAACUUCCGAAUGCAGGAAAGAUUGAUUAAAUCUUUUAUCCGAGACCUGUCUCUCUACCUCCAGCAUAUACGGGAAUCUGCAUGUGUGAAAGUGGUAGCAGCUGUGAGCAUGUGGGAUCUAUGCAUGGAGAGGGGACACCGUGACCUGGAGCAGUUUGAGAAGGUGCAUCGCUACAUCAGUGACCAGCUCUUCACAAAAUUUAAGGAGAGGACAGAGCGGCUGGUCAUCGGUCCCCUAAAUCAGCUGCUGAGCAUGUUCACCGGGCCCCACAAGCUGGUACAGAAGCGCUUCGACAAGCUCCUGGACUUCUACAACUGCACUGAACGGGCAGAGAAGCUCAAGGACAAGAAGACCCUGGAGGAGCUGCAGUCAGCACGUAAUAAUUAUGAGGCGCUGAACGCACAGCUGCUAGAUGAACUGCCCAAGUUCCAGCAGUAUGCCCAGGGCCUCUUCACCAAUUGCAUCCAUGGCUAUGCCGAGGCCCACUGCGACUUUGUGCAGCAGGCACUGGAGCAGUUGCAGCCGCUGCUGUCGUUACUCAAAGAUGCCGACAGAGAGGGCAACUUGAUCGCCAUCUUCCAUGAGGAACACAGCAGGGUUCUGCAGCAGCUCCAGGUCUUCACCUUCUUCCCAGAGUCGCUUCCAGCCUUGAAGAAGCCCUUUGAGAGAAAAACCACAGACCGCCAGUCUUCUCGGAAGCCCCUCCUGGGCCUGCCAAGCUACAUGCUGCAGUCUGAAGACCUCCGGGCCUCCCUGCUGGCGAGGUAUCCUCCUGAAAAACUCUUCCAAGUCGAACGGAAUUUCAACGCUGCUCAGGACUUGGAUGUAUCCCUUUUGGAAGGUGACCUGGUCGGUGUGAUCAAAAAGAAAGACCCCAUGGGCAGUCAGAACCGCUGGCUUAUUGACAAUGGAGUCACCAAAGGCUUCGUGUACAGCUCCUUCCUGAAGCCCUACAAUCCUCGGCGCAGCCACUCAGACGCCUCUGUGGGCAGCCACUCGUCCACAGAAUCAGAGCACAGCAGCCCCUCGCCCAGGGUCCUGCGGCAGAACAGCAACAGUGCCUUGACCUUCAACCCCAGCAGCAUGUCCGUAUCCUUCUCCUCAGGACUGCACCCGAAGCAACCUCAGGAUGUGUCUUCAUUGAAGGACUGUGACCAAGGAACUCUCAGUCAGGCCUUGAACCCAGGGAGUCCAGAGAGUGGUCCUCCCAGGGGAUCUGCAGACCCAGACUCCACCUGCCAGCCUAGACCAGGGGACUCUACAGAUGGGGCCAGGAAUGGAGGCCAACCUGCUGCCAACCUGAGGGGCUGCCACCGAAGCUCCAGGCAUCCAGAGGUGGUUGGUUACUCUGCACCAGAUCGAAAUGGACAAAGUAAUAAUGACUUCAUAAAAGGACGUACAAGAGCCUACCAGACUCCAGAAGACAGAAACAAGGGGCAAGGAAGCAGCGAGACAGAAGGCAACCAGGUUUAUUUUGCCGUCUAUACCUUCAAGGCACGAAACCCAAAUGAGCUGAGUGUGUCAGCCAAUCAGAGACUCAGGAUCCUCGAAUUUAAAGAUGUUACAGGCAAUACCGAGUGGUGGUUGGCUGAAGUUAACGGGAAGAAGGGCUACGUCCCAUCCAAUUAUAUCCGCAAAACUGAGUACACCUGAGCCCAGGCUAGCUCCUGCCCAACCAUGCUGCCUUCGCUUUCAGUCCGCUGGAAGGUUCUGGUGGGCCGCCUGGCACCUGCUCUGAGCACAGGCCCUGCCGCACCGCUCAUCCAUAACAUGGAGCACAAGAUAAGCUUUGUUCUCAGUUGGGUUGUAAACCUUGAAGCUCGCUAGAAUUUCUCGAAUUUGAAGUGGACCCCAGGGCUUGGCAAAGGAUUUGGUGACCACAAGAAGGGGGGCAAGUGCUGGGGUCAGCCUUGGGAAAUGAGAGGUUUCCAGUCAGAAAAGCGGCUUUGUGCGUAUGCAGGAAGCCAUGCCAGCAAGGCAAGGUGCUGGCGUUGGUUGUAGCAUGCAUCAUGAUCGACUGGCCAGGAAUUGGCAUGGAUGGAGAGGCAGCAGGGCUCUGGGAGCCCUCGUAGACCGUGCCUCCCUAUGUGGAAAGAUUUGUCAAGACCACAGCAGACCUGGUGUGUCAAAGCUUCUGAGACACCAGUGCCCAGCACACCUUCUCUCUGAUACUCACUUACCCGUAGGGCCUAGUUCUUAAGAGACUAAUCUUAUUUAUUUCACUGCAUUCCCAGCUGCUUUCUUUUACCAAGUGUUUCAGGUCUUCCAUUUCCCCCUUGACCUUGCAUCUGGAAGGUUCUCUUCUUCCCUGGUUGACAGUCAGUCAUCUGCCCCUUCCUCCACUUUAUGUGGUCUGUGUGAGGGCUCCAGGCCCUCUCCUCACUCAGUCACUGACUGGCUUCUCUAGAGCAGCAGGACUGGUGCCCCAGCCGCCCCUUGAAAGUGUUAGUUCUGCACCAGUCUCCAACCAGUGCUCCUAGAGGAAGACCGGGUGCCUUUCUCUUGCUCCCAGGCCCACUGCUGCCAGCUGGUUGCAUCCCCAGAUGCUCAAGACAGUCAUGUGGGUUGAAGGAGGAUAACUGGUCCCAGAAACUGCUGGUUCUAGGCUGGGAAAUAAGAUUUUUCUGUCAUCACUGACUGGCAUACAAAUUCAAAAUUCAAAGCCAAACAGAUCCUAAAGUGCCCGAUGAGACCUCCCACCCACAGCAAGAGGGCAUUUUCUAGUCUCGUACAUGAAGAAACUGCCCUUGAAAAUGUUGUCUUAGCAGGGCUCCUACUUCAGAUUGUCCCUAGACAUGAAGCCUACCUUGGAAUGGGAAACUAUGAAUUUUGUCUCUUAAGAAAGGGAGUUAGGACCAGCCUUAAGCCCCCACUCCUCCAGCUGGGCAUUUAGCCUUAAAAUCCUGGUGAAUCAGGACACACCUCAUCCACAGAAUCUACACCACUGGUCAGGGUCUCUUGUGAAGUGUUUAUAUCUAGAGAUGUUUAUAUUUAAGUAGCUCUUUUAUAAAUAAAAGCAUUUCUAAUGGC